AUGGAUUAUGGAGACGAUAGCGACUUUGUGAGAAGCUACGAUUACACUAAAAAACAGGAGAAACUGGAGCAGAAGGUUUUUUUCGACUUUUUUUUCUAGCACGAGCAAAUUGCUUUCAGUGCCCACUUUUGGCUGCCUACAGAUAUGAAGAAAAAGUUCGAGAAAUGAACGAAAAGCUGCUCCAAGUGAGUUUUUAGAAAAAUCCUCAAAUUGACUCAACUCGGAGCGCCCGGGCCGCAGGUCUCGUUUUCGAAAAGUUGCUUCAAGUCGGGCGCGCUCAAAAAAGUGUUUGGGCUAUUCUCUUUGAAUUACUUUGGAUAAUUUGGCUUCUUUUGCCCUCAAGAAGUUUUAAAAGGAUCUGUGAGCAGAGUGACGGCAAAUUUCAAGUUUAACUCGGUCUGAUAGUUCUCUUGGCGUGAAAUUGGAAAUAUUUUCAUUUUGAUAGUUUGUGAUAGUGCAAGUUUCCGCUUGCUGAAAAAAGUGCAUCAAUUAAUUAGAAUAUGACUUUCAAUUUGCGUUUUUCUUUUUCUCUAAUUGUUUAAAAUCUUAUCGUGAUGAGAAACAGGAAACGCAGACAUUUUUUUUUCCAAUCAGAAGAUAUGAUGCUGCUGAAUAUACUUGGAAAUCUUGUGACGCCACAGUCUCUAUGGCGAUUUUGGAAGGAUUUUCCUUUUAAAAGCUUGUAAAAUCUGAAAAAAUGAAAAUGAUCUUUAGCGUGCAGGUUACUUAUUUCAAGAUUUUCAGAAUUUCAAAAGACGAACUGCCAGUUUGCCACCACGCAUCAAACCGGCUGAUCCUGCUCCGAAAAAGAAAAUCGAACCAAAAGCUCCGCCUAGGUCUUUCGAAAGAAGGAACUCCAUGUCUCGCAGAAAAGCAAGCAUUGAGAGCUCCAAAAUAAGGAGCAGACCUGUUGCCAAGCAAAUAAGUUGUCUCACCCUGUCAGGCAAUCUUAUAACGAUUUGA